AUGACAAAAGUCGAGAUUGCCCAGGGCGCAGACCAGGCCCCAAUCGCUGGCUCUUUGCAGGUUGUAGACCCUGGCCUCGUCAACGAGGGAGCGAAAAAUGUUCCGUACUUCACGCCGAUCCAGGAUCCGGCUGCCGGGACGGCCAGAGACCCGCAGCCGGAGGGGACCCUCUUCUCCCCGCUGAAGCUGCGCGGGCUGACACUGCCCAACCGCAUCUUCGUGUCGCCCAUGUGCCAGUACUCGGCGGAUGACGGGCACAUGACGGCGUGGCACAAGACGCACCUGCAGGGCUUCGCCGUCCGCGGCGCCGGCCUGGUGCUCACCGAGGUCCAGUCCAUCGUGCCCGAGGGGCGCAUCUCCCCCGAGGACCUGGGCAUCUGGGACGACUCGCACCUGGAGCCCGCCAAGGAGGUCAUCGAUUUCAUUCACAGCCAGGGCGGCCACAUCGGCAUCCAGAUGGGCCACGCCGGCCGCAAGGCCAGCACGGUAGCGCCCUGGAUAGACCGCAAGGCAGUCGCAGGGAAAACGGGACGAGGAUGGCCGGGCGAGGUGUACGGCCCAUCCGCCGUGGCGUACAGCGAGGACACUUACGUCCCCAAGGAGAUGACGUUGGAAGACAUUGAAAUCCUGAAAGCCAAGUGGGUUGACGCCGUCAAGCGCGCAGUCAGGGUCGGCUACGACACGAUCGAGAUCCACGCAGCCCACGGCUACCUUAUCAACAACUUCUUGUCGCCGACCUCCAACCGGCGGACAGACAAGUACGGCGGCAGCUUCGAGAACCGCUGCCGCCUGCUGGUCGAGCUGGCGGAGCUGACGCGCGCCAACGUGCCGGACGACUAUCCCGUCUUCGCCCGAAUCCCCGGCAGCGACUACCUCGAGCACGACCCGUCCAUCCCGCAGUGGGAGAUCUCUCAGGCACAGGAGCUCGCCAAGAUCCUCGCGGGCAAGGGCGUCGACUUCUUCGACGUCACGGGCGGCGGCCAGGACGCGCGGAUGAAGGUGGCCCCCGGGCCUAAGUACCAGGCGCACCUGGCCGCGGCCGUCCGGAAGGCCCUCGAGGGUACCGGCGCCGUCGUCGGCACCGUCGGCGGCAUCGCGACCGGCAAGGACGCGACCGAGGUCCUGGCGGACGGCCAGGCGGAUGCCGUGCUCGUCGGGCGGGCGUUCCUCAAGGACUCCAACCUCGUGUGGACCUGGGCAGACGAGUUGAACAUUGACGUUCACGCGCCCAGUCAAUAUGGAUGGCCCUUCGGACGCACUCGGACCCACAGGCCGAGCAAGCAUUGA